UUUACAAAGGCCUGCAUAUAAAUAGGCUGACAGGAUCACCGAAUGCAUUCAAUUCGUUCGUUGCUUCCUGGACGUCGAACAAAUCCAUCUACCCUUCAUCAUGUUCAGACAGCUACUUAUUUGCGGUUGCUUGCUGGCGGUCCUGGCGGUCGCACAAGCUGGCGUGAUAGCGGGUGGUUUGCUCGGGCCCGCGGCGGUCGCAGUGCAGCCAGCGGCAGCCACGGUCGCGAUACCAUCCAUCGCAACAUCCACCUCUAAUUUGAUUCGGGGUAUUGGUAACUUAGCUCCUGGACUUCUCGCACCUGGACUUAUCGCACCUGGAUUGACCACCGCAUACGGUAUUGCCUCUCCGGCUAUCACCGCUGCCGGCUUACCUUUGGGUCUUAAUGGUUUGGCAUUGAACGGGCUAGGUGCCGUCAAGGUUAUCUAAGGCUGUCUAAAAACCGACUCGAAGAAAUUCGAAAGCAAGAUUUUACAUCGCCAUCGAUCACGAGAUAUACAACGUCCCUGUCGGUCGCGAAUCAUUCCGAACGAUUUACUUUCACGAAAUGUAAUAAUCGAAUAUUCAAUAAAUAUAACAGUCGUCUACGUCUA